AUAAUAUUAUUGCGUUUUAAAGAUCGGAAGUCGUUAGCACUAUGCCACUAUUAUAAUAUAAAUAUAUAAUACUGUAAAAAGGUCUCUUUCCGUUAAUAGCGGCGACGAGCCGACAACGGUCGUCGUCCGACUCGCGGGUAUCGAUGACGUCGAGAAAAAUCGAUUCUGUUGGCCUCGUUUAGGUGUCAACCGCGGUCGCACACACGCACGCACGCACACACGCUACUCACACCAGCGCGGUGGCGCGCGCACACACACUCACACUCGUGCCGCCCGACGUGCAGUCAUUCAUUCCGUCCGUUUCCGUCAUUCCGCAUUCGGCGCAUUCGGCAGACGACCGUACGAGCACGAUCGUGUUUACUGUUUAGUGAUAAUACUAUUCUGAUAAAAUAAUGAAAAUCGCGACAGCGGCUGCCGUCGUCGUCGGUCGCUGCUAACCGCCGACCCGAUGGACACCGACGAGCCGGGAUUGCGAAAAUAAAUACGAAAAACGUUCGUUUUCACAGUUUUUAUUAUUUUUUUAUACUCUACCUACGUUUUUUGGUCGAACGUAGCCGCUCUUGGGCGCACUGUAUGGAAACCAGAUAGCCUAUCCUCCAACAUGGCUCGAGAACCGGUACUGGUGCACGUAUACGAUAUGUAUUGGAUCAAUGAAUACACUACACAUAUGGGUCUUGGUGUCUUCCAUUCUGGAAUUGAAGUGUAUGGACAAGAAUAUGGAUAUGGAGGUCAUGAUAGAUCAGAUUCUGGAAUUUUUGAUAUGAUUCCAAAAGAUGUUUAUGAAUUAGGAGACCAUUAUAGAUACAGGGAAUCCAUUUACAUUGGUAGUACAGAUUUUACAGUUAGUGAUGUUAAAAGGAUAAUGAUUGAACUUGGUAAGGACUUCCGAGGCGAUAGAUACCAUUUAAUGAAUAAAAACUGUAACCAUUUUUCUGGAUCAUUAACAAAGAUUUUAUGCGGACAAGAUAUACCAAGUUGGAUAAACAGGCUGGCAUAUGUUAGCUCGUGCAUUCCUUUUUUUCAACGUUGUCUACCAAAGGAGUGGUUAACUCCAAUCUCUCUUCAACGGAAUUUGUCUCGAAAGAAAUCUGAUGCUUCUACAGAGCAACUCAACCCAUAACAUAAUUAUUUUUGCAUCAUACUAAUUUUAAACGAUAAUAAUAUGAUGUGUGCCAUUCACAUUAAUUGCCUACUACUAAAAUAAACAUGUACAUGAACAGAUAUUGAUAUUAUUAAUUAUAUGUAUAAAAAAAAAAUUGUAGAUUUUAAAUUAAAUGCUUUGAAUUAUA